AGAGAGAGAGAAGAGAGAGAGAGAGAGUGACUCAGACUGGGUGGAUCAGACUGGACUGUUUUUAUCCUGACCAGCGCAGGAGUGUGUGUAUGUGUGUUUAGACCAGUCUAAGCAGCGUGUGUGUUAGUGAACGGAGAUGUCGUGGCUGUCGCCCGUUCAGUGGGCUAAAUGGACGUGGUCGGCCGUGAGAGGAACGGGUGAGGAGGAGGAGGAUGAGGGGAUACGAGAGGAAGAGGAUUCUCUCAGAGAAAGAGAAGAGGAAGAGGAGAAAUCACAGAGUUCGGACUCAGAGGGCCAGUUCGAGACGCCCGAGACGGAGACACCCGUCCAUCACCCACUUAAUGACCCAGCAGCCCUGGCCCCGCCCACAGGAGACAUCACAGGUUUAGAGGAAGACAGUGAGGACCAGCGACUUUCCAUUGCUGAGGAAGCCGAGCAGAUCUCCGUCCAGCUUGAAGCGGACCACCAACAUGAGGCUUUAUCUCUGCAAGACCACAGGCUGACCCCACAGCAAACCAAUGACCCCCAUGUUAAACCCUCCAGCAUGACCACUGAGCCGGCUGAGGGUCCAGAACAGCAUUCCCAGCCUGUGUGUAACGGCCACCUUCCGGAACAUUCCCAAACUUCAGUUCCCAAACCACGGCCUCCGUCUCUGAAGAUGAAAUCUCCGCUGAAUGCCGUUGACCCGAACGAGGUGGACGAUGAGCCUCCUCCAGUGCCAAAGGGCAGCUACAGUUUCGACCCAGAUCAAUAUGAUGCUAACUUCAAUCCAUUUGCUAGCGGCGGAUCCAAGCUGCAGAAUUCCCCAACCCUACCAAAGGGCACGUAUAGCUUUGAUCCAGACAGCUUUGACGACUCCUUGGAUCCUUUCAAGCCGUCAAAGUCUUUCAGCAAUGACUCCGCUGAUUCCCAGCCUGCAUCCUCCAGCGUCCCAAAAACACAACUUCCAGACCCUGAAUCCAAUUACCAGGCAGAUGCUGGGGAGGAAAAUGCUGGACCCAAGAAAAUUCCAGCACAGAAGCAAGGAAAAAGGCCUAGCGCUAAAGUCACGCCUAAAAAACAGCGAGCUAAACCUGCACCACAACAGCCAGAAGCUACAGAACAGUCCUCCAAGCCAGGAUGUGACUCAGAAGCUCCUUUGAACGUUGACGAUAUCCCUAUUCCCAAAAAAUCAUACAACUUCGACCCCAGCCAAUGGGACGACCCCAAUUUCAACCCGUUUGGAGGAACUAGCAAACUUAGCAGCUCCCUAACUCCUGCUAAAGCAGUGUAUACAUUCGAUCCAGACAACUUUGACGACUCCAUUGAUCCUUUUAAGUCGACUAAAGUUUUUGGAGCAGGCGGUGACUCGGCAAAGGCAGAAACUGAGAAAAAUUUGGAUAUACACGAUGAACAAACAAGCCAAGAGUGCCCUCUGGUGGAGGAGAGGAAAGUGCGCCAGUCGCCCAAGAAAAACAAGGACAGGAUCAUCACGAACUCCUGUAAAGUGAAGAAAUAUGAGAAUAAGUCUUUAGUGCUGGACGUCUGCAAUCAGGGUGAGGAGGUGCAGGAGGAGUCUGUUACUCCGUUGGAUCUCCCUGUACGACACGCCACUGAUGAGGAGAAGCUGGCCUCCACAGGAAUGGUGCAGAAAGACCCGACAGACACGAAAACCACAGAUGACCUACAGAUGGGCAAAACGGACCACUUCAGUGAGAAGGAAGUCUGCACACCUACUGAGGGCUUGUGUAAGCCCCCAGCUCUGAUUGGCUGUGAGAAGACAGAGAAGUCCUCUCCAGGUCUGGAUUCCAUCCCCCUCAGCGAAAUGGACAAAGCAGCUGUACUGACCCUCAUCAGAGAGGAGAUCAUUACUAAAGAGAUCGAGGCGAACGAGUGGAAGAGGAAGUAUGAGGAGAGCAGGAUGGAGGUGAUAGAGAUGAGGAAAAUAGUGGCUGAAUAUGAGAAGACGGUGGCACAGAUGAUAGAAGAUGAGCAGAGAAAGAAUAUGGGCUCCCAGAAGAGCGUCCAGCAGCUGACCAUGGAGAGGGACCAGGCACUGGCUGACCUCAACUCAGUGGAGCGAUCGCUCUCUGACCUCUUCAGACGCUACGAGAACAUGAAGACCGUGCUGGAGGGGUUUAAGAAGAAUGAGGAGGUGUUGAAGAAGUGCGCUCAGGAGUAUCUGGCGAGGGUGAAACAGGAGGAGCAGCGCUACCAUACACUCAAACUGCACGCAGAGGAGAAACUCGACAAGGCAAAUGAGGAGAUUGCCCAGGUGCGUUCAAGGGCGAAUGCGGAGAGCGUGGCGCUAAACGCCAGUCUGAGGAAAGAACAGAUGAAGGUGGAGUCUCUGGAGAGAGCGCUAGAACAGAAGAAUCAAGAGAUCGAGGAGCUGACGAAGAUUUGCGAUGAACUCAUAGCCAAACUGGGCACAACAGACUAACACUCAGCGAGAUAGACUCUUCCAGCCUCCGACACCCUCCCCCAGCUCCUCAAACUUCGCUUUAACACCUAUAAACCCACUCCCAAACUGCCCAGAGUGUACAUCUGCACAUCUGGGCUGCCUCCUGAAGAAGGAGGAGUCCUUGCUUCCUCUCCUCAAGCAUGAAAACGCAACAACGGCUGAUAAAAUGAAGGAAUAAAGUGGAAUGGAAAGCAAAAAAAAA